UCGGUACGUGGUAUAUUCGAUACAUUAAAUGAAUGGUAUGGUUUUUGGCAUGCACCUGCACCGCUGAAGUAGUUUUAUGGCGAGUCCAGUGGUGUGCUACAUGAGACGGCGCUGUUGUUAAUGUAAAAGGACUGACUGUGUUUGGGGUUUUAUGAAUGGAGGAGGAAACUCGUGUUGUAUGAGACUCAAGUUCAAAAACCUGCUGUUUUCAUUUUAACCAGCAGGGGGAAUUUCAGGGAUGCUGCUUUGUGAGUGGGGUCGUUGCUUUUGAAGAAAUUGGCGACACAGAAGCAUUAAAGGGUUGCAAUACAGCGACAGAGGAAUGCUUCAAAAUCACCACCGUCUGGAAGGGAAUAAAGUGGUGCUUAACAAGGAUUGAUUAUGGAACUUUUGCAAUGUUAACAGCGACCCGCCUUUGAGCAUUCAUUUUGGAUUUUAAAAAGCCUUUUUUUUCUACACCAUUAGACCGGACGAUUUCUUUUAAAGGAGAAUCAGAUUGUUUUUUCCCUCAAAAAAAGUUAUGUAAUUUUCGAAUCUGUACUGCAUUGUGUUUCAAGAAAAAAAGGAAGACUUUGGAUUGCACCUUGACCAAGAAUGGCAGCGCGGCUAACGGCAGAAGAAGAACAGGCUACGAAGCAGUUCCUAGAGGAGAUCAGCAAGUGGACGACGCAGCACAGAGUCUCCCCGCUCUCAUGGAAUGUGGCAGUCAAGUUCCUCAUGGCCCGAAAGUUUGACGUCCUGAGAGCCAUCGAACUGUUUCACUGCUACAGGGAGACUCGCCUGAAGGAGGGAAUCGUGAAGCUCAAACCACAGGAGGAGCCGCUGCGCUCGGAGCUGCUGAGUGGCAAGUUCACAGUGCUGAGUGUUCGAGAUCCGUCUGGUGCCUCAAUCGCCCUCUUCACAGCCAAGCUGCACCACCCCCACAAGACCGGGCACCAUGUGGUACUACAGGCCUUGUUCUACCUGUUGGACCGAGCCGUGGAGAGCUUUGAAACCCAGAGGAAUGGUCUGGUGUUUAUAUAUGACAUGUCUGGCUCCAAUUACACUCACUUCGAACUGGAUCUCAGUAAAAAGAUCCUGAGCUUGUUGAAGGGUGCCUUCCCGGCCCGGCUGAAGAAGGUAUUUAUCGUGGGGGCGCCUGUCUGGUUCAGAGUGCCCUACAACCUGCUGAGUCUGCUACUCAAGGAGAAGCUGCGCGAGAGGGUUCAGAUGGUGAAGAUGGCAGACCUGCGGCAGCACAUGCCCCGUGACUGCCUUCCCGAGCACCUGGGUGGGGUGCUAGCUCUGGACCCCCUGGGCUGGAACCGGCAGCUGCUGGCUGGGCAGAACGGCCAUGCAGACCCCCUGGAUGAGCUGGUGGCGGUGUCCACAGGGCCGAGCCGCGAGGAGCCGUCCAUCCACACCCCCGGCCUGGAGUCCAUGACCCUGCAGGAGCUGGUGGAGCAUCUGAGGCUGGUGCAGCGCACUGGGAUCCACGAGGAGUACGAUGAAAUCCGCCGUGAAACCCCUCCUGGCACCUUCAACUGUGCCCUUGCUGCUUGUAACCAGGACAAGAAUCGCUACGGGGACGUUCUCUGUCUGGACCAGACAAGGGUUCGACUGAAGACUGGAAGAAACGAGAAGUCCGACUAUAUAAAUGCCAGCUUCAUGGACGGUUACAAGCAGAAAAAUGCCUACAUUGGUACUCAAGGACCCCUGGAAAACACUUAUGCCGAUUUCUGGAGGACGAUUUGGGAGCAGAACGUGUUAGUCAUCGUCAUGACCACCAGGACAGACGAAGGAGGGCGGAAAAAGUGCGGUCAGUACUGGCCCCUGGAGAUGAACGGACAAGAGGUGUACGGCCAUAUUGCAGUGGUAAACCAGAGAGUGGAAAACCACAGCCACUAUAACCUGACCACUCUGGAGCUGCACAACACAGAAACCUGUGAGCAACGACAGGUGACCCACUGCCAGUACCUGAGCUGGCCAGAUUACGGGGUACCGAGCUCGGCCGGAACGCUCCUCGAGUUCUUGGGCGUGGUGAAGUGGCAACAGAAGCAGGCGGUCAAGGCCCUGGGCCCGCGAUGGAAGGGCCAUCCAGCAGGACCACCUAUAGUCGUCCACUGCAGUGCUGGAAUCGGCAGAACAGGUACUCUGUGUGCUCUGGAUAUCUGCCUGUCCCAGCUGCAGGAUGUGGGAACCCUCAACAUUUACCAGACAGUACGGAGAAUGAGGACUCAGCGUGCCUUCAGCAUCCAGACUAGUGACCAGUACUACUUCUGCUACACCUCCAUCCUGGAGUACGCCCAGCGACAGGGGGCCCUCACAGCCAAUCAGUAAGGACUCCCACCACCCCACACCCCCAAGCGCUGGACCAAUCGCAGGCAACAGAGACUGACCAAAUCACUCCCUCUGUGGCAGAGCCACCAAUCGGCAGUCAAUCUCAACUGUAGAACUAUAGAUGUUUCAAACUGAGCAAAAUGUUUGAGUCCCCUAACCAAAAAAAAAAAAAAAAAAAACAAGCACCAUCAGCUAAUUGUAACUGCAGGAGCAACUCAUUUAUGGGACACCCUUGAUUGGAUAGAAAAGUAAACCAGUCUUGACUUUUGAAACAGGAUUCAGACAUGCAGCUCUGCAAACUGUCCCGGCUGUUGUGCAUUGAUAAAGAAUGUUGAGAUUAUUGUUCACUUUUGUUGUUAAAAUGUUAAUCUUUGUGACUAACAGGCUCACUCCAUACUAUGACAGCCCAGACAAAUCCCUAGAACCAGAAUACUAAAAGAAUAAGAAACCUGGCUAUAUACAGUAUGGUAAUGGUUAGGGUUUCUUAACAAGCAAUUUACAAAGAACAAUUAACUGCUACAGCAAAAGAGUUUGCAAAAUAGCAGCCAUUGACAGCUACUGUAUGAAAGAACUACGCAAAACUGUUUUUGUUGGGUGGCUUUAAUUUCUAAUAGUCAGAAGCCACUAUUGCAAGUUAUUAGACGUCACUUUCUGUCAAAUCUUUCAACAGAUUGCUUUAGAAAAUCCGGGAAUAGCAAAGGGAAUGUGUUUCUUGUAAACUCCAGGGAGUUCUGUAACAGUCUAAAUGGACGGCUGUAAAAUGGGACUCUUAUUUUCAACCUUGCUAUAGUAAUUUGCUGCUGUUGUAAACAGACGAUUCUGCGAGAAUGGUUUGUUUAAGAGUUAAAAGUUGUUACUACAGGUGGAAAUGAACCUUUUUAACUGUGGUCUCAAUGAGCAACGGAAAUAUAGCUUUACUGUUUGAUCUUGGUUGGGGAAAGUCUUGUGAUCUCAUUGUUUGUGGGCUCAGUUCAUCCAGGAAUAGAAAUUAAGUGCUGCACCUCAGUUUAGCAAUUGUUACUGUUUAGCCAUCCAUCCACCCAUAACUCUUAAACACGAAAAAGCACCGAAUUUAGGAAAACUAAGAAGUCUAGAAGUCUUUAUCGAAGUCAUACAUUUAUUUUAGUAUUUCUAAACUAUGUAAUAAUACUUGUAAUACUUUGUAAAGUUUCCUGACUCCCAGACCCCCCUCUUGUGUUUUCAUCCCUGUUUGUAUCCCCCCCCAGACCCCUCCCCCAGCCACACUCAAGAAGUGGUGCCUCCACGCCAAUGCCAGUCUUGCCUGUAGAAACUAGUAAUGAAUUUGUUUUUAUGAAGGACUGAGGGGCUGUUGAAAAUGCAGUUUUUAUCCCAUGUCUACAUUUUAUAGGAUUGUUCAUGUUCAAAAGAGGUGGGACUGAAGCAAGUUCAGGCUCCCACGGUGACACUGGGUCAGACGUGUGAAUUUCAGAUAAGCCUGGUCUUGCUUUUAAAGGCUUUGUUAGAUAACCAUCAUGGUGACUCUAUUGUCAAAACCCUUGAUAUUAGCCUGAAUUAUAUAUACAGUCUGCAAAAGUGUUUUAAUGCAAACAUUUACUUUUACAAUGUAACAUUAGUGCCACUUUAUAAAAAGUGUGAAUGAUUGUAAUUAUGUAUGAACUUGCACAUGGUUUCUUAGUGAACUCAUAUUGAAUUCAUAGAGUACAUUUCUCUUUAUGACCCAUUCCAUACACAACCAUAAAAUAAUUUUAUUGUGAAAAGAAAUUUAUUUUUCAAGUGUGACCAGUUUCUUUUUACUUUUCA